AUGAAACAUCGUGGUGUUUUUGCACUUCAGGACUGUAGCAAAGCUUGGAGGAGAGCAGAGGCGAAGGUUCGUCGUUUGGUGAAGCCAACCUCUCGUUCCAAGACGGUGGCUUCUUCACCGGACAUUGUGUCCAGAUGGGAUGCCGGGGGGGAUUUGAGGAAUGACCUUAUCCGGACAAUGAUUCAGUGCGAGGGGCAGAAGGACGUCUGGAAGCGCACUGUGGAGAUUCAGAUCAUCAAGAGUAAGUCUAAUGAGCUAACGAUUGUGCAGAGGAUCAAGAAAGUCAUCAAGUUUUGCACCCACCCGAAGCGCAUGAAGACCCACACCAGGCGGGAUAAGUACGAGAAAGAGAAAAUCGAGUAUUGGGUGGAGGAGGAGACAAAGGGGAGCUACAAGGUCACUUCAUCAGAAGCAUGGAAUGACAAACGGGAGAUCGAUGCCACCGAGGGACUGGAUCUCGAUGAGGAGAGGAGCCAGGCCGAAGGCACGGAUGAUGAAGACAGUGAACAUGAUGAUGAGGACAGUGCUUCAUCCUCCUCACAUGAGUCGGGUUCAACACCCUGCAAGAAGAGAAAGCGAGCAUCAAGCAAGAAAUCGAAGAAGUCAAAGAAAAGCAAGAAGGAGAAGAAGGCAAAGAAGAGCAAGAGCAAGAGCAAGAGAUGCAAGAGUUCGGCUUCUUCCAAAGGGAGCCCAAAGAAAGAAGACCUCGACGAGGAGACCAGAACCGAGGCGAUCGACAACGCUACGGAGGUGAUGCAGCAGCUCCUUCGUGUGCAGGCAAAGGUGGAAGUUUGUGCGGGAAAGCUAGAGUCUUUGAAGACCGUUCACGAUUAUGCUACCCAGCUGUCGGAGUAUCAUGACAAGUUGGCCGACAUCCGGGCAUCCCAUGCUGGAAGCAAGAAGUCCUUUUGUGACAAGUCGCUCGCGCAGCUGCAGCAGAUCGUUGUGGAUGCCGGGUGUGCCAGGUUUCACAUGGAAGACAACAAGCUCAAGAGGACUUUGCUGAAAAAGGCCAAGUCCGAUGGGGCUCUCGGUGCCACUGCUGAGCCCAAGUCUCAUGCUAAGCCCAAGAAAGGCAAAGGCAAGAACAAGAACGGCCGACCGGCUGCCCUAGUGCGAAGCGCCAACGACGAGCUGGUCCUGUGGCCCAUGCGAUUGCACAGACUGUGGCAGCUGGUUAGCGAGGCACACGCUUGCAAAAUCGCAGAAGCUAUGCAUCGAGAGCUGCAGGACCACCCGCUUAUCGAGUCCUCCAGCUUUAUUUCGCGGCUCCAAAAUCUUCAUACCACUGGGCAUGACAACCGGAUGCCCAAUGUUUUAAAAGAUUAUGGUUUGCAAGCAGAUAUUCCUACGACGCUUGUUCCGAUUGGCCUCAAGCAUCCACACCCUGUGCUGCGACUACGAGAUGCAGUGGAAACUUUCGAUAAGGCUGGCAAAAUACACCAUUUGUUUGCAGGGAAUGGACCCACACAGUUGAAGGAAUUCUGGUGCAAACUGCGAAAGCAACACCCUGGCUACGAUGUGUUCGCCACCCAUGGCGAUAAGCUACAUGCAUGCUUGCCCAUGAUGCUACACCUGGACGAGGGUACAAGCCACAAGAAAAAAGGCAUUAUGGUGUUGUCGGCACAGAUAGUGUGUGGAAAGGGUUCCCGUCGAAAUGUGGGCCAUAAUUUCCUUGGCUCGACAUAUCUAUCGCGACUGCUCUUUUCUGCAUUGUUGGCGAGGACCUACACCAAGAAAAAAUCGAUACUGUAUUCUCUUUUCGAGGAAUGGACUCGAGACUUGGAGGACUGCUAUCGAAACGGUAUCAAGAUUUCUGGUGUUCCUGGAACCAACAAUCUGUAUCCUGUGGUGCUGGCCUGCAAGGGCGACUGGCCUGCACUUACGAAGGCAGGUCGUUUGCUCCGGCAUCACCUACGGGAUGCUCCAGCAGCCGAGUUCCCGCCUGGAAUUUGUCAUCUUUGUCGAGCCGGCCAGGCCGGCUACCCUUGGAAUGCAUUCGAGUCCAACUCGGCAUGGAUGCAUGGGGACAACCCUCUUCCCUGGACUACGCCUUCUCCUUUGUCAAGGCUUGCUCAAGACAAGCUGAAUCCAGCGAGCUUCUUUGCGAUUGACACAUUCCACGUUUGCCACAAAGGUGUGGUUGCUGACUAUGUUGCUUCGGCUGCUGAACCCUAG